GAAGGGGGCUCGGGGGCGGGCCGGGGUCCGUGUUCCCCGCGCGAGGGCUCAUCCGGGCCCGAGGGCCGGCCCUUUACGACCCGCACGUUACUAAGAGGAGAAUCCGAGAGGUUCUGUCACUUGGGUCAACCGCCCCCAGCGGAAACGGCCAGGCCGGACCUGCAGGCUGCGGGAGGCCCCGAGCCACGGUCUGCACACCAGCUGGCGAGAGCCCCCCCCCCCCCCCAGGAUCUUCAACCCAGCGGGGGAGGGAGCCCGGGUCCCACGGGAGCCCCCGCUCAGAGCACGUGGUCGGCGCCGGUCGGCCGCGCAGCCGCGUGGGCUGCGCUCUAGCCCCCGCGGCGCGGGGCCCCAGUCUCGCUGGCAUGACGUACUUCCGGGGCGUUUCCGGCGGCAAAAUGGCGGCUCCCAUGGAAGUGGCCGUGUGUACGGACUCGGCGGCGCAGCUGUGGAGCUGCGUGGUGUGGGAGCUGCAUUCGGGCGCCAAUUUGCUCACGUACCGCGGCGGCCAGGCCGGACCCCGCGGCUUGGCGCUGCUCAAUGGCGAGUACCUGCUGGCGGCGCAGCUGGGCAAGAACUACAUCAGCGCCUGGGAGCUGCAGCGGAAGGACCAGCUGCAGCAGAAGAUAAUGUGUCCUGGACCUGUCACGUGUCUGACCACGUCACCCAAUGGUCUCUAUGUCCUGGCGGGGAUUGCAGAGAACAUAUACUUAUGGGAGGUCUCCACGGGGAACCUUCUGGUCAUCCUGAGCCGCCACUACCAGGACGUCUCGUGCCUGCAGUUCACAGGGGACAGCAGCCACUUCCUGUCGGGAGGCAAAGACUGCCUGGUGCUGGUGUGGAGCCUGUGCAGUGUGCUGCAGGUGGACCCCUCCAGAACCCCGUCCCCCCGGCACGUCUGGUCUCGCCACACUCUCCCCAUCACAGACCUGCACUGCGGCUUUGGGGGGCCCCUGGCCCGGGUGGCCACCUCCUCCCUGGACCAGACAGUGAAGCUGUGGGAGGUCUCAUCGGGCGAGCUGCUGCUUUCCGUGCUGUUUGAUGUGGGCAUCAUGGCUGUGACCAUGGACCUGGCCGAGCACCACCUGUUCUGUGGCGGCAGCGACGGCUCCAUCUUCCAGGUCGACCUUUGCACCUGGCCCGGGCAGAGAGAGAAGAGCUUCCAGCCAGAGCAGGACAGCGGAAAGGUGUUCAGAGGGCACAGGAACCAGGUGACCUGUCUGUCCGUGUCCAUCGAUGGCAGCGUGCUGCUCUCGGGCUCCCACGAUGAGACCGUGCGUCUGUGGGACAUCCAGAGCAAGCAGUGCAUCAGGACGGUGACCCUGAAAGGCCCCGUGACCAACGCCUCCAUCAUGCUGGCGCCGGUCAGCAUGCUGAGUUCAGACUUCAGGCCGGGCCUGCCCCUGCCACACUUCAACAAGCACCUGCUGGGCGCGGAGCAUGGGGAUGAGCCGCACCGCGGGGGCUUCACGCUGCGCCUGGGUCUCCACCUGCAGGGCUCGGAGCCCAGCCACCAGCAGCGGGCAGAACAGCUGCACGCCGUGAUGAGCAGCACGAUGGAGAAGAGCGUCCUGGGCGGCCAGGACCAGCUGCGGAUCCGGGUGGCCGAGCUGGAGGACGAGGUGCGGAACCUGCGCAAGGUCAACCGCGACCUGUUCGACUUCUCCACGCGCAUCAUCACCCGGCCGGCCAAGUGAGCCCGCGCCGGGGUGAGGCCAGCGGCGCCCGAGGCCGCGGCUUGCGGGGAUCUUCACGCCCGCGAGCGGUCGUGUUCUCCAGAUGUUGGGCCACCAGUGUUUGCGUGGCCUCUUGGUGCUGUUGUGAUUUUAACAGAAGAACUAAAAGCCCCUCUUCUCCACGCCCGUCUGUGUGCGGCGGGGCCGCCCCAGCUCCCACGCUCAGCAGCACGCGUGGCAGGACCUGUCUCAGCAGAACCCGCUGGGCCUAGUUUUUAACACGUAGCGCCGUGAAGCCAUGGUUCUCAGACUUUGCAAACGCUUGCCGGCUGCCCCAAGGCCUUGGCUCACCAGGGAGGGCCAGGCGACCCUCGGUGGGAGGGGGCACUGGGGCAGGGGGAGCCUUUGAGGUGCAGGUGGAGGCUUCUGGGGGCGGGGGUGGUUCAGAGAGAGCAGUGUGGUCCCUCUGGUCGCGUUCCUCUGAUGGCUUCCCAAGGGUCCAGGGCAGCCGGCUCGGGCCAGGGUCCUCCAGAGGGACCCGUGCCCACGCAGCUCGGUGACGUUUCUUGUUGGCACCAAGGGUCCGAGGGAGGCCAGGUGUCCGAACUGCCCUGGGUACGCGACCUGCACCCAGCCAGCACCUGGAGCCCAGCCCAGACACGUGGGCCCCAAAGCAAUCCUCAGAACCUUCCAGAAAGCUGUUCCUGACUGACAACCUGGCUUAAUGACCCAGAAAAUCAGUGUGAUUUAGCGGGUGCCGUACUAGCUGCAGCUGGAGCCCACAGUCCACGCUGGGUGUGUGCUCCUAGGCUCAGGGACGGCCCCUUCCUCGGGCUCUGCGCCCUGGCCAGGGGUCCAGCUGCACUGCAGCUGAGGGGGGGCGUGCCGAGUGAGGGGUCCUGCUGGCUAACUGGGGACAUCACGCCGUAAGCCCACCCCCACACACACACGGAGCCGCCCCCAAGGCCAGGAUGGGGAGGGGGUCACAGCAGGAAGGGGCUUGGCCAGGUCCUGACGGUGCCAGCCUGCACAGGACUGGGGAUUUGGCACUCUGUCCCCCACCCCAGAGCACCAGGGUCUCUGUGUCCCCACCUGCGAGCUGGGCCUGGUCUACCCUCACCCCUUGGUGUCCAGAAAGUCCAGCAGGUGGUGGAGGGCUUCAGGUUUGGCUGAGGUUCCCCGGGGACCAAAGCUCCACCUCACAUGCCUGGGCCCUGGUGAGGGCCCCUCCGAGACCCCCGGUGCCUGUGUCCCUGCGUGGCCUCGGCUGCCUGCGCGGCUUCUGCCAUUAAACGUUUUGGAAGA